GGUGUCAUUCUGUCAGAAAAAAGAAUAUUUUUGAAUAAAAAAAUUAAUAAAAAAUAUUAUUUUAUUUCGCAUUUCGAAUAGUUGAGAAGUAGUCGAAAUAAUUGCCAAAUUCUCACUCACUUUUAGAACAAAUCAGAACUAUCAUUCAGUAAAAGGAAGAUCCAAAAAUAACCACCACUUUUUUCCGGUCGCCGGAAUCAAUGGCGUCUCCGGCAAUUCAACGAUCAUCUCCUCUUCAGCGUCUCUCAACUUUCAACAAAUCCACCCCUAUCCCUAUCCCUACCCCCACCCCCACCCACCCUACCCCCACCCCCCUCGACUCCUUCUCUUCCGAUCCCAUUUUCUCCUCCUUCCUUUCCCCCGAUUUCGACUCCACUAAGUUCUCCUCCGCCGCCCUCUCCUCCGGCUCCACCGCUUCUCGUAUCGAAAAGCUCCACGAAGGUCUCCGUAAACUCGACCUCCAGCUCCGUAACGAAGUUUUGAACCGUCACGAAGAUUUACUAUCUCAGCUCACUUCACUACGUGUCGUUGAGUCGUCCCUUUCAUCUCUCCGUUCCUCCGUGUCUAAUCUCCAGGGUUUGGUUAAGAAGGUUCGUUCGGAGUUAUCCGAACCGCAUAAGGAAAUUGAGGUGAAGACACUUCAGCUUUCGAAUUUGAAUAAGGUAAUUCAGUUGUUACAGAGUACGAUUAGGGUUGUUCGUUUGUGUAAGAAGCUAAGGGAUGUUGUUGUUGAUUUGGGUAAUGAGAAGUUUGAUCUAUCGAAGGGUGCACAGUUACAUUAUGAAGUGCUUUCGGUUUAUAAUGAGUAUCAUUUAGCUGGGAUUGAUGUUGUUGAUUUGGAGGUGACAUGGGUGAUUGAAAUAGGGGGUAAGUUACGCGGUGAAGGGAUGAAGGUGUUGGAUAAGGGGCUAGAAGGAUUGAAUCAAGCGGAGGUUGGGGCGGGUUUGCAAGUUUUUUAUAAUAUGGGGGAGUUGAGGGGGACAGUGGAUGGGUUGGUUAGUAAGUAUAAGGGAAUGGGGGUGAAGAGUAUAACGACCGCGUUGGAUAUGAAAGCGGUUUCUUCUGUUGGUGGUGGAUUUGGUGGUCCGGGAGGGGUACAGAGAAGUGGGACACCGCAGUUUGGUGGAAGUGGAAAGGCAAAGGAUGCGUUGUGGCAAAGGAUGAGUGGUUGUAUGGAUCAGUUGCAUUCUGUUGUCGUCGCUGUUUGGCAUUUGCAGAGGGUUUUGUCGAAGAAAAGAGAUCCCUUUACGCAUGUUUUGCUGCUUGACGAGGUCAUGCAGGAAGGUGAUCCGAUGUUGACAGAUCGUGUUUGGGAGGCACUGGUUAAAUCUUUUGCUAACCAAAUGAAGUCCACUUUCAGCACCUCAAGCUUUGUUAAGGAGAUAUUCACACUUGGAUAUCCAAAACUCUUCUCUAUGUUAGAAAACCUGCUUGAAAGAAUUUCACGUGAUACAGAUGUCAAAGGAGUUCCACCAGCUCUUAGUUUAGAAGCAAAGGACCAAAUGUUAUCUUCUAUUGAGAUAUUCCAGACUGCUUUCCUAACCCUCUGUCUGAGUCGUCUUUCAGAACUUGUUAAUACUGUAUUUCCAGUGUCCAGUCGUGGAAGUGUUCCCUCAAAAGAUCACAUUGCAAGGAUUAUAUCACGAAUUCAAGAAGAAAUAGAAGCCGUCCAGAUGGAUGCUCGGUUAACUCUUCUUGUUUUGCAUGAGAUCAACAAAGUUCUGCUUCUGCUUUCAGAAAGAACAGAAUACCAGAUAUCUACAGGGCCUGAGGCACGGCAAAUAACAGGUCCUGCAACUUCAGCACAGGUGAAGAACUUUGCAUUAUGCCAGCAUCUGCAAGAAAUUCAUACCCGCGUAUCAUCUAUGGUGGCAGGAUUACCAGCUAUUGCAACCGAUAUUCUGUCUCCUUCGCUGGGAUCCAUCUAUGGAGUAGCAGGUGAUUCAGUGACACCACUAUUCCAAUCAACGCUUGAUCGACUGGAGUCUUGUAUCUUGCAAAUUCAUGAUCAAAAUUUUGGUAGUCUCGGAAUGGAUGCUGCUAUGGACAAUAAUGCAUCGCCUUAUAUGGAAGAAUUGCAGAAGAGCAUUCUCCAUUUCCGUAGUGAAUUCCUGUCCAGGCUGUUGCCUUCUUCGUCAAAUAGCUUGACUACAGGUUCAGAAACUAUUUGUACUAGACUCGUGAGGAGCAUGGCAUCUAGAGUUCUGAUAUUUUUCAUUAGGCAUGCUUCACUUGUUAGACCUCUCUCUGAAUCCGGCAAGUUGAGAUUGGCCAGGGACAUGGCUGAGCUGGAAUUAGCGGUUGGACAAAACUUGUUUCCAGUAGAACAACUCGGUGCCCCAUAUCGAGCACUUAGAGCAUUUCGUCCAGUCAUAUUCCUGGAAACAUCCCAACUUGCAUCAUCCCCACUUCGUCAAAAUCUACCACCAAGUGUCAUACUGCACCAUCUUUACUCACGUGGUCCUGAAGAGCUUCAAUCACCCUUGCAAAGAAAUAGACUUACUCCUAUGCAGUAUUCACUAUGGAUGGAUUCACAAGGCGAGGACCAGAUCUGGAAAGGCAUUAAAGCUACUCUAGACGAUUAUGCUGCUAAGGUACGUUCAAGAGGGGACAAGGAAUUUAGUCCCGUCUAUCCUUUGAUGCUCGAAAUUGGUUCCUCUUUAUCUGGGAAUCAUUAAAGGAAAUUCCAGAAAAUGUUAUAUGCCUUCUGUCAAGAUUUUUGUUUGAAUAAUAUUGUUACAGAUGAACUCACAGAAGACCAUUAUAUUAUGUUUCAUUUCCCCCUUAGCCGCCAUAUUUUUAGCAUUUUGCUUCAGUCCAUUGUAAUCUUUUGUUUUUUUCUUCCACAUUUGUAGUAUUUGCCCUGUCAUUAAUGCACAGAUUCAAUGAGAUGGAUUAUAGUAGUCAAUUCAAAUCUUGAAGACUUGUAUUGAAUUUUUUGACCAUCUUAAAUACUUUGAGAUGCUCUUA